GUUCAGUCAAAGCGAAACUGUAUUCAAGGUGUCAUCUAUCCACAGUGUAAAGUAUAUAAACUAAGAAAAAAAAAACCCCAGUUGGUAUUUUUGUCGUUUAGAAAAACUGAAAACAAGAUGCUUCACUGGAUUGCAACUUGUCUGUUGUCUUCUUUAUUGCUUCCAAAUGGUGAGAGCAGUGACAUCAUUGGAGGACGGGAAGCUAUCCCUCACUCUAGACCAUAUAUGGCUCUACUGAAGACAGAAAGAUCCCUAUGUGCUGGAACAUUAAUAAAAGCUGACUGGGUGUUAACUGCAGCUCAUUGCAAAGUCAACUCUUCAACUACAAUCCAACUGGGUGUCCACUCAAAGACAGUAAAAAAUAAAUAUAUACAGGAGUUCAAGGUCUUAAGAAGCAUAAGACUCAACUAUGAUGAGAAAACAAAGGAUAAUGACAUCGAGCUUGUACAGCUGUCUUGCAAAGCAAAACUAAACAAAGCUGUGAAGAUUUUGCCAUUGCCAAAGAAAUUUGAUGAUGUCAAAGAUGGGACUGUGUGCGACACAGCAGGAUGGGGUUCAACCAAAAAAAAUACUCUGCAACUGUCAGACAAGCUGAUGGAAGUCAGUCUUCCAGCAAUAAGCAGAAAGAAAUGUGCUGCAAUGUGGAAAUCUAGCAUAAAGAUCGCCACAAACAUGAUGUGCACCUUCGAUGCGAGUGGAGAAAAAGAUGUAUGCAGAGGUGAUUCUGGAGGACCUUUAAUAUGCAAGAAAAUGUUUCGGGGAAUUGUUUCUUUUGGUCCAAGAAUUUGUGGGAACCCUGAACUACCAAGUGUCUACACAUUCCUCACCAAAGACUAUAAUAAUUGGAUUAAAAAAGAAAUAAAUAAGAAAACAAAUGCUAUUUAUUAGCCCUUUUGUGCUUUUGUAUCUAAAAUUACUGCUAGUCCUGCUUCCUCAAUCCCUUCCCCAUAGCUCAUUCUUUCCCCUCUGCUAUAAUAUAAUCCCCCUUUUUCAUUCUUUUCUGUUUUCAAAAUUCUUAAAAUGUCCUUAAUUUUGAAUAGCGAUCUCAAGAAUUCAGAGAGAAUAAUGCCCCGUACACACGAUCAGAAAUUCCGACAGCAAAAGUCCGA